AUGGCGUCCGUGACAUCGCUGGACGGCGACUUGCGCCGGUUGCGCCUGGAGAAGUACACGCCCGCCGCUGCGAACGAGGCAAAGCAAUGGAUAGAGAGUGUCAUCAGCGAGACCUUGCCCGGAAAAGACCUGCUUGAGGUACUCAAAGAUGGUGUUGCUUUGUGCAAACUCGUCAACCUCGCCAUCGGUCCUCCAGGAGUCAAGUUCAAGAAAUCCGCCAUGCCUUUUGUUCAGAUGGAAAACAUCUCCCACUUUCUCCGCGCCUGCCAAACACCACCUCUCAACCUCCAACAGCACGACAUGUUUCUGACUGUCGACCUCUACGAGCGAAAAGAUCCCGCCCAGGUCCUCCAGUGCCUUGGUGCUUUCAGCCGGGCGGCCAACGCUGCCAACCCAGACACCUUUCCCAAUCCGAUCGGUCCCAAAGCCAAGAACCCGGCGCUGUUAAGUCCACAACCGACGGGUUACAAUACUCCUCCACUUAUACGUGGUCGGGGGAAUUCCAAUGCUAGCAAUGCCUCGUCUUCGGUGUAUGGCAGGGGAACGCCGUCAUUAUCGGCAUCGAGAACAGGGGGUGACGACGGACCAUGGGGCCGGGCCAAGUCCCCAACGAACGGUGCAACUUCUCCUGGUGUUAGUAGCUGGAGUAAGAAGGAGCACGAAGGCGCCACAUCUCCGGCCUGGAACAUCGCCCAGUAUGGCUACAUGGGCGGUGCCAACCAGAAUAACCUAGGGAUCGCCUUUGGUGGCAGGAGACAGAUCACUAGUGCUGGUCCUGCAGUUCCAAGCUUGUACGAGAAGGAGAAGAAGAGGAAGGAGGAGGCCGAGAAGCUGAGGCUACAACAAGAAGAAGAGGAGCGCAAGAAGAAGGCGGAACUCGAAGCGGAAGAAGCACGGGCCAAGAAGGAAGAGGAGCGAAGGUGGGAAGAGGAGGCCAAGCGGAUCAGGGAAGAAGAGCGGAGGAAAAUUGAAGAGGAGAAAAGACGGUGGGAGGAGGAGGAACGGCAGUGGAAGAUGACAGAGGAAAAGAGGCGCAAGGAGGAGGCCGAAGCUGAAAGGCGGUUGCAGGAGGAACGUGCGAAGGCUCGACAGCAAAAGAGCGGGUCCGAGCUUCGUGGUCAGUACUUGAGCCAAUAUCAAGCGGGUCAGGAGUCAUCAGAUAAGGAACGCAUCAGACAGCUCGAAGAAGAGCUUGCAAAGGCACGAGAGAGGGAGGCCCAGUAUGAGCGGGAACGUCAGGGGCGGUCUCGCGGACAUGGGAACAGGGAUGCCAAGAAGGCGAGGUCUCGAUCUCGCAGCCGGCCUGCUGCUGCGGACAAGGUGAGCAGACAGGACUCGUGGAGUGUGAGGGAUGAGCAGAACUUUGCUUCGAAAUCGUGGCACCAUCACCAAAACGAGGUCGACAUUGAAGAGGAACCUCCGUUGAGCCCACCGCUUCCAUCACAGUCACCGAGACCACUCCCCGACCCGGCAAAGGUUAAGACCCAUCGCACGGGAGAGAAGUCGUCUUUGCCACCACCGACUUUGCCCAUCAGGAAGCAGCCCACUGGCGGUCAACCGCUUCCCAUCGCGAAGCAGCACACUGGUUCUCGCCCUCUUCCUGAUCCGACUACUUACUCCGCGACAACAUCCCCAGAAUCAACCCGACAACUCCCCACCCCUGGGUCGGCUGGUAGUAACAACCGCAGCCCGUUUGCAAAGCCAACCAGCCCUCGCUCCUCCAAACAAACCACCAGCCCCUUUUCCACUAAACCAACUACCACACCCUUCUCAACCAAACCGCCCACCAACUCCCCCUUUACAUCCAAACCAACAACCAACUCCCCCUUUGUAUCCAAAUCCCCCUUUGCCAAACCCGCCCCCCAACCCACCUCUCGCACCGACAGGUACCUCUCCUCCAACCCCGCCCCCCUCCAUUCCCCCCCUACUUCAACCUUUGUCAAAGAACUUGCCGGGACGGUAGACGAACAAGCAGAGGAGGAUCGCCGCCGUCAACAAGCCCAGAAACAGACAAAGGCUGCCGGGUGGGCUAGCAAGUCCCUCUUGGAAAGGGAGAUGGAGCUGGAGAGACAGAGACAAAUGGAGUGGGAAGAGAGCCAGAAGGAAACCGCCAAGGCGGUCAGGACGGCGGAUGGGGUGGAGGGGAUUGGAGGUGGGAUAGGGGGUAGGUGGGAUGUGGGACAGUGGAGUGGGUAUACGGGGGGUGAUGGGCAGAAUAAGGGCGGGCAGGGGAUUGGGGCCAAUAGGAGGCAGAUUGUGGGGCCUAGGCCGCUGCCGGGGAAUGGGGGGAGGUGA